GCGCGGUUCAGUUCAAGGUUUCCCAUUUCGGAGAGUUCAACGCGUAUACAUAUUAUACGUAUAUAUUUAUAUAUAAUAUAAAAAAAUAAUAAUAUUAUACGCGUGCCUCGUAAACCGCCCGCCCUACUGCCUCCUAUACCUAAUAAUAUAAUAUCACGGUGGUCGGCUCCUCCCCCCGGAAAAAUCGUCAUCGCCCGUCGUCGGCUUUUUUAUUCUCUCAUCGUCACUAGCCGGCCGGCCGUUGUACGAUCCGCGCUCCGAUCCGCUCCGGACGCGUAAAUAUUCAUUCAUGAUAGUAUUAUAAUAAAACUACAAUAUAAUACAUUAUAUUAUAUCAGUACACAGCACUGUGAGCUGAGAACGCGAGUUGCAGUCCUCCGAUCUUUCGAGUCUUGCGUUUCGGUCGGCUCCGAAUACCCCCCCGGCGCCGUCGAGUCGAUUCGUUCAAUCGUUCAUUUUUUUUUUUUUUCAUUUACGUUUCCUUCCCCAGAAUUUUUGCCUCUCUCAAUCACACCGCCGCCGUUGACACUUCCUCGCCGGUCGAUCAGCGUUCCCGACAUUGAUAAACACUGCGGCGGCGACAGUCAGAGCGCACCGCCUCGUAUCGUCGUCGCUCGGAAUCGUCAAGAGAAAAUCGUCUGUGAACGACGGGAAAACAUGAACAAAAUCACGUGAUAUCACCCGACGCACUGCAAUUAGAUCGCUGAUCCUCGUGCAGUCGAUUCCUUCUGAUCGUUUACAAAUUGGAGCACGGUGACUGAAUGAUACCUCAGCAUGUCCCAGGAUUGCUUGACUGCUCUUCGGCUGCUGUCGUACUGUUGGCUGACCUUCAUGUUGCCGUCCAGCAAUUUGGCAUUUAACGUCGUCUACAAUAAGGAACCGUUGUCUUCAUCUUCGUUUCAGUCAUCCACUUUCUAUCAAACCGGUAGCAGAAAAUUUGGCGGCUACCGAAUUGUACCCCGCGCGUGCAAAGACGACACUCACCCGUUCAAGAACGAUGUAUCCAUCACCACCCCCACGGGAACCGGAACCGGAACCGGCGUGUGCAUGUUCAACUACGAGUGUACGCGGCUAGGCGGUACGGUGGUCGGGUCGUGCGUGGACGUGUUCCUGUUCGGCGCUUGUUGUCGACUUCCGGCCGGCGUAAAAGUGCCCGCCGCAGUCGAGCAGAGCGCGUCCACGGCCGCGGCCGUUACGGCCACCGCCACCGCCUCGACGCUUGGCUCGCACCACAACGACCUGCCGCCGCUAUCGUUCCAACAGCCGGUGGCCGACACCAUAUUGAUGCACCACAACGGAUCAGCCGUGCAAAACACUUAUAGGCCGGACGACUUUUUUGAUAACUUCACAGCCCUCAUGCAGGCCCACCGCGACCGGUUGCCGUCGGCGGCCGACAUGACGGACGUCAUGCAACAGUACACCACGGACGGCGGUUACCACCAGAACCAUCACUAUCAGCACCGGCCGCAGUCGUUCGCCGACAACAAGAUCACGUCCAAAGUCGAUUACGGAGACGCGGUCACUGCCAAGCUGCCGCCGCACUUGUCGUCGUCGUUGUCGCCGGUGUCCAAGUCGACGGACUCGGUGCCCAACAUCCGGAAGACUACCCCGUCUGCGACUACCGUCCAGGUGACCACGUCCAAACAGGGUUACGGCGGCGCGCAUUUCCACAACAACCACAAACACCAACACACGUCAACGGCCUCCGACGACUAUUAUGACAACAUGGUGUUAAUACCCACGCUGACGGUCAACGACCCCAACGUCAAGGAAAACAACUCCAUCAACCACAUACUGUCCAUACUCAACUACACGCCGCCCGCGCCGGACAGGCACCAAGCGGACACGAUGGACGCGUCGCCGUCGUACGUCGUCCACCAGGUGACCAGCGCGCCGCCGACGGCACCGCCAGCGCUGUACACGUGGGGCUCCAUCGAAGGCGGCGAUUCCAAGUCACCUGGUUACGGAGCGUCCACGUUCCCGGUCACCAGGCCCUCGUCCACGGUCCACUCGUAUCCGACGUCGGCGCAACAGCACUACGACCGGCCGGCCACCAACUACUACGGCUCGACGCCGUCCACCACUUCCACCACGUCCAACCACCACCUGCCGGGACCGCACUUCCACGUGCUGUCCACGACAACGACCACGGCAAAGCCGUUCGAGCCGGUGGCGCCCACCGUCAUAGUGCUGAGCUCGGCCAACGAUUCGAAAAACCCCAACAAACACACCACGCCCGCGUCUACGGUGUACGCGACCUCCUCGUCGUCGUACCGUCCACCGCCCUCGUCGCACGUCAAGCCGUCGCAGAGCAUCAUCGUGACGGGUAAACCGUCCGUGAGCGCGGCGUACACGACUACGGCCACUUAUCACCACCCGCCGCAACACCAUCAGCACCAGCAGGACGUGGCUUUCGUGCCGGUCAGCUCGACCACGAUGGCCGACAAAUAUUACAACGCCAACCAUCAGCCGUCCACCGGUAGCGUGCACACGUCUGCCAAGCCGCUGGUUUCCACCAACUACGGACACCGGCCAACCACGACCACGACCGCCGGGCCGCCGUCGACGGUCAGCAGCACGUCCAACAACAACGUCUUCACCACGGUCAUCACGUCGGUGAACCAUCAGUACCACAACAAGUUCCAGCCGACGGCCACGGGUAGCGGCGGUGGCUCGAAGCCGUACACGACGGCCAAACCGGUGGUGAACGACGGCGGCGUGGCGGCCGUGCUUCAGUCGUCGUCCGGCGGCGGUUACAGACCGUCGGCCACCGACGACGACGAUUACCCGACGCCCGUCGUAACGCCGGCCACGCAGGUGUUCAUCACCGCCUCUGACGCUCAACACCUCCAGCAGCACCACAUCCAACAGCAGAUUCACCACCACCACCUGCAGCACCACACUUCGUCGUCUUCAUACCCGGUCAACGGAGUGCACAGGCCCACGGCCGACGACGAAGUGAGUGCCGUUCCGUUCAACUCCACCGACACGUUCGCUUUUCCGCCGGUUCGCGACCCAAACGUCAACCUGACGGCGGCAACGCAACAGGAAAAACCGGAAGUGACCGUCGUCGACACGUCCGGCGAUUACGACGUGGACGCCGAUCCCAACCCGCACCUGACGGCCGACGACAACCUAGACGACAAAGUCCACCUGUUCGUCGAAAAGGUCGUCCAAUCGCUACAAGGCAAUUUCGAAGACCUGGAAAAGGUCCUGAUGUCCGGCGAAUCGUCGUCGUCUAACGUGACCGUCGCUAACGAUGACCCGGCGGGCUGGCCGAACAAAAAGCCGGCGACCGCCACGCCGACGUCCGCUACGCCUACGAAGAAACCGUCCAAACCUGCCACCGCCAAACCCACGAAACCGUCGCCGCAACCCGUCAAGUGGACCACUACUUCCACGUACCGGCCGACGCCGAUCACUCCGCCGCUCGACUCUGCCCCGUUCUUGGAGGUGACCACAGUGUCCCGUCCAGUCAAGUACCCAACGUUGCUCACCCCCGUCCAGCUUUUUCAACCUACCACGUACGCUACGGACAACAAGCGCCCGACAAAGUUACCCGUCAAGCUGACGCCUUCUACGACGGUCAUACUGGACACACUGAACGUCGAACACGACCAUCACACCACCGCUGAACCGGAUUACAGGAAAACGUGUGGAGUGCGGCCUUUGGUGAGAAAAGGCGGUCGGAUCGUUGGCGGAACGGGUUCGACAUUUGGCGAAUGGCCGUGGCAAGUAUUGGUCAGGGAAGCCACCUGGCUGGGACUAUUCACCAAAAACAAAUGCGGCGGCGUGUUGAUCACUCAGCGACACGUCAUAACCGCCGCUCACUGUCAACCCGGAUUUCUAGCAAACCUGGUGGCCGUGUUCGGUGAGUACGACAUUAGCGGCGAGGUGGAAUCCAAACGGAGCAUCAGCAAGAACGUAAAACGCGUCAUUGUCCAUCGGCAGUACGACGCGGCGACUUUCGAGAACGACAUAGCACUUUUGGAGCUCGAGUCGCCGGUUAACUACGACCAGCACAUCGUUCCCAUUUGCAUGCCGGACGACGAGGACGACUUCACCGGACGCAUGGCCGUGGUCACGGGAUGGGGACGGUUGAAAUACGGAGGUGGAGUUCCGAGUAUCCUGCAAGAAGUACAAGUUCCUAUAAUUGAAAACCAAGUAUGCCAGGACAUGUUUGAGACAGCAGGACAUACAAAGACCAUACUAAGCAGCUUUUUGUGCGCCGGUUACGCCAACGGGCAGAGGGAUUCUUGCGAAGGAGACAGUGGCGGGCCUUUGAUGAUCGAAAAAGACAACGGGCGCUGGACACUGAUCGGUACUGUGUCACACGGCAUCAAGUGCGCCGCACCGUAUCUUCCGGGAGUCUACAUGAGGACUACGUACUACAAACCGUGGCUGCAGACCAUCACGGGCGUACAGUAGACACGUCAUCGCCGAAUCGUCAAUACUAUUAUUGUUAUUGUUUUGUUGUUGUUGUAGUUGUUGUUGUUAUGAUUUUAUGGUCGUACCACUAUAAGGUACUAUAUUAUAAUAGUAAUUAUUAUAAAAAAUAAUAAUAAAAUAUCCUGAAUCCCUCCUCGUAUGUCAGCAGGCCACACAUCAUCGCGCGUCUAUAUUUUUAAACAAUAAUCACAAUACCUAAUAUUAAUUAUUAUCGAUUAAUACGACGAUCACAACCGCGCGCGCACGUAUUAUGCAUUCAGUGUUGACCAAUUAGUUGUUUAACAAAAGUAAUGGGAUCAAGUUACUCUAAACAUUAGACAAGAAGUCACCAUAUAAAAUAACUUAUCAUCGGUAUAAUGUUGAAAACAAAAAAAUUACGGUAGGUACUUUACCAAUAGAAUGGAAUGAAUUAUAAAACAAACUUCAUUUUUAAUUUUAUCUACAAAUUUGGUUCUUAGUUUAAAAUAAAUAAUUUAAAGAAAAAGAAAAAAUUUCGUUGAAUUUGAAUAUACCUAAUGAUUAGAUUUUUAAUUUAUUCGGAAUAUGUAUCGCUUAUCGAAAUAUCUUUAGAGCAAUAAAUUAUGAAUAAUAAUUGAAAAUAAAAAAUGUAAACAAAUCGAUAAAUGAACAGUAAUACCGAGUUUACAGACUGCACUUGAAAACGAUAAUUCUUUUAUGAUAUUUUAAAAAUAUUGUCAUUUUCUAAAUCCUGUCUCAAAUAUAACUCUGAUUAUAUUAAAAAUGUGUUUAUCAUAUAUAUUUUGUGUAUGCUCAAACGAUAUAUCAACAGUAAUAUACGAUGCAUUAAUUA